AUGUUCAUACUUCUAUUCUUUUACAUUUGCAAUGCUUUUCAUCAUUAAGGCACUAUUCAAAUUAAUUAGACUCUUACUUUAACAACAAAUUUCACCGAAAUGGUUCCGAGCAUAAUCAUCAAAUUUUUAUUAGAUUAAGAUCGAAACAGAGAAUCAGCGGUGGCUUGCUUCGUUUCAAAUUUGGAUUUAGAAUCGUAAACUUUUGACAUUCAAAAUUUAAAAUUAAAUAAGGAAAGCUAAAUUGUUUAUGACUUACAUAGCAUACAAUCAAAUAGCAAUGCAUAGCUUAUUGAGUACUUUUAUUACCAUACAAUUUAUUUACUAUGCUAAUCGGAAUCAGGAGGUUAAAUUGACUAUUAAUUAACAUAUAAUUAAGACCCGUACAAAGCUGGUUGCAUAAAUGAUUGCCAGGGUUAUAAUGAUACAAAAUCCAUAAGUCAAUCAUAUUGUCAAAUCGAUCACUGUGAGUGUCAAAUUAAUUAAGUGGGAUUCUUUUGCUAGCUUCCUUCAAAAUAUAUCUUGAGUAGCAAUCAAGAAAAUGUAGCAUUAGAUUCAUUUUCAUGGAUCUUCUAUUAUUAUCAAUAUAAAAAUCUGGAUUUGUAAUUAUUAUCGGACACAACCAUCGAUGAUAAAACAGUAUUAUAUAGUUUAGCAUUUAGAGAUAUUCCCCAGAAAACUAUUCCAGACCUGUCUAUGAGUAAAGUCCUAAACAAUAGCACAUCUCUAUUAGAAGAGCUUAGCAAUUUACAACCCAGUCAAUAUGGGAGUAAUAUCCUUUACAUCGGAUUAUAUAACAACAAAUCUGAAAAAGCAUAAUUUAAGAUUACAAUUAUAUCUAAUGACUCUGCAGACUAUGGGUAACUUGAAAGGAAUAAAAUUAUUAUCAUAGUUGUUGGAACAGUUGUAGGUGCUUUAUUGUUAGUAACUUGUGUUCUAAGUUUCCUCAAAACAAAAAAAUUGCAAGCAGAGUAAUAAGCCCUACGUCUUAGAUAAAUACGGAUUAAUCAAAAUAAUUAAGUUCAAUUAGAAGUGAUUAGAUAAAAAAAACAACCUAAUGGAUUUAGUGAAAAAUUUAUCAAGGACUAUUUUGGAGUAAUUGCAUAUAAGAAGCUUGUUUAGUUAUAUCCUGGAUUGACACAGUUUGAGGAAUGCGUAAUAUGCUUGGAAUCUAUAAAACAUGGGUAGAAAAAACAAUAACGAAAUUGUUCAGUUACUCCAUGUUUUCACAUAUUUCAUUAGAAAUGUUUGACUUCUUGGCUAGAAAAAUAAAAAAAUUGCCCAUUUUGCAGAGCUGAAUUUUCAACAAUAUUAAUUCAAAAUAAGUAUCCUUGGCUUGAUCUGAAACAAUAAAGAAUUAACAAUUCCACUCAAGACGAUUCAAAGUAUAUCAAGAAUAUGAAACUAAAUUCAAAUACAAAUCAAUCACAAGAGAAUUAAUUAAAUGAAAGUUAGUAAGAAUUAGUGAAGAAAGAUAAAAUCAUUCUAGAUUUAUGA